AUGUCGGCUGUUCCGGCCACCGUGUAUGACCCUGCGUUUGCUUCGGCGGGCGUCUCGCUGGCGCCGCUGGCCGGUGCCGAUGGCCUGUCGUCGACCGCAGCGGCCAGCAAGGCGGCGCGCGCAGCCAUACCCAACCUCGUCGACGAUGCCGAUCCAAUGGCCCUGACGCCCCUGCGCGCCCACUACCUCAAAAAGACGCUCAUCAAGCUGCAGAUGGAACGCGAGGUUGCCGAACUCAGCUCCAAAGAUGCGCUGUCGACGUUUGGACCGCCGUUCCGGCCGUCGGCGAGGGCGCGCGACACGGACCUGCCGCUGCUGCGCUACCUCUUCCAGCACUUUGUCCUCACCUUUCCCUUUCUGCGCUCGGCCCCGCCCAACUUUUUCGCAGACAAGGUGCAGGUGUUUGUCGACCGCUUCCUCGAGAAAAACAUCAGUGGCACAGACGACCGCACAGAGUCGACCAAGCGCAGGCGGCUCGGAUCCAAGCUGGAAAAGUACUUUGUCCUCCUUAUGGGCUCGGCCAUCAAGGUCAAGGGCUGCGGCGAAGAGGUCGUCAAGAUCGGCCCGCAGGACCGGCAGAAGAUGAGCGCCCUCGAGAGCCGGCGCCGCGCCGCCCUCGGCAGGGCAGCCGUCCCGCCCGCCAUCGCCACCGCCACGGGCUCCAGCCGCCCCGCCUCGGUCCACUCCAACUCGAGCGCGAGCAGCAGCGUCGACUUUGACAUCAACGUCGUCUCGGUACGCACCGUCACCACAAAGGGCAGGCUGCGCAGCAGGGCGCACGAGGAGUUUAUCAUCCGCACGCGCCAGGGCCUCAACGUAGCGCCCAUCUACGUAUCCCGCCGCUACGGCGACUUUGCAAGGCUGGCCGAAACGCUCAAGGUCGAGUUCCCAGAAGAGGAGGUCCGCCCGCCGCCGCCCAAGGACCGCACCACGACCGACGUCACCGACGUCUACCGCCCACCGCCGCCGCCGCCUCCGCCAAAGGACGAGGGCACCUCGUCCUACUGGGGCCUGCGGAUGCCCUCGCUGGGCUACGGCUACGGGCAGGGCGCCGCGCCUUCGCCUGCUCCGUCCUCGCGGGCCGAAACCUCCGAGGCCAAGGGACGCGGUGCCUCGGCCGGUGCUACGGGGACGCUGGCGCGCGAAAAGAACCGGCUCACUCUGCGGGCGUACCUGCGCAGCCUGCUCGCCAUCCCGCCGGUGGCCGACAGCGCCGUCUUCAUGGACUUUCUCACCGAGCGGCCCAUCACCCUCACGGCGGCAGAGGAGGAGGACGUGGCGGUGCGAGAGGGGCUCGACCACGUGCGCGAGGAGGAGCACCGCCGCUUCGCCGAAGAGUCGAGCCGGAGGGUCCAGGAGCUGCAGCAGCACCUCGCCGCCUUCAAGGCCGACCUGAUCCAAAAGGACGGUCUGACGCGCAUCUUUGCCACGAUCAAGUCGACGCCCCGGGUCGAGGACCUGCCGGAGAAGUACAAGGCGCUGAUGAAGUGGGCCCGCAUCAGCCUCGCCUCGUCGCUCUUCAACAUCUUUAUGGGCAGCGACACGUCGUCCGAGAUCUUUGGCCAGCUGAAGCGCAUGCACGGCCUGAUGCCCUACUUUAUGCUGCGCGGCAUCCUGCGGAUAUCCAACCCGGUGGCCAUGAUCCGCGGCGUGCUCGACCUCUUUCUGGCGCAGCCGUUUGGCCAGCGCAGCCUCCUCCAGCGCAUGUUUUCCAGCUCGCUCCAGGACGAGGUCAAGGAGAUCACCGAGGUGUGCCAGGCCAUUUCGGAAAAGGUCGACGACGAGGUGCUGUGCGAAAAGGUGCGCAGCUUUGUCUACGCCUCGCCCGAGAUCCAGGACGUCUACCGCCGCGACGCCCAAGACGAGAGGCUCGACCUGCUCACGUGCAUCCUGCGGUCGCCCGAGGCGCCGGCGCUCAACCGCGCCCAGAUCCACCGCGUCGUCAAGGCGAGCCAGGCGUACGAGGUGUACAAGGAGUACCGCCGCGGGCUCAAGAACCCGGAGCUCGACGACGAGGGCCCCCAGGACGACGACGCCUGGCUCUACGAGGACCUCCACGUGCUCAUGAAGAUGCUCACGCGCCAGCGCGACAAGGAGCAGAUGAUCUCGCUCAUCUUUGAAGGCGUCACCGCCGAGCUGCUCAAGGACAUGGUCACCAUCUUCUACUCGCCCCUCGCACAGGUCUACAAGCUGGCCAACAUCGCCGACAGCCUCAGCGACCUGCAGGCCUUCAUCAACGACCUCAUCAAGACGGUCGAGUCGAGCGAGGAGCUGAGCUACACCGACCCGCAGAAGACGGUGCAGGUCUUCAUCGACCUCGUCGAGCGCCACGAGGGCCGGUUCUACAACUUUGUCCACCAGGUCCACUCCAAGGGCAGCGGCCUCUUCGACGGCCUGAUGCACUGGAUCGAGCUCUUCAUCAACUUUGUCCGCGGCGACGACCAGCCGGCGACCGGCGGCGAGGGCGAGGGCGAUGGCGCCGUCACCCUGGCACCGGACGGCCGGCGUGCGAAGCCCUACACGGGCGGGGGCAUCGGCGCCGUCGACCUCGAGAUCUGCCUGCCUGCGGGCGGCGAGGAGCGACGACGGGCGCUCGAGGAGAUCGACUCGCUCGUCCUGCACGCCUACCGCCUCAAGUUCCUGCGCGAGGUCAAGCUGCGGCGCAAGCUGGCCGAUCGCGAGGUGGCGGGCGCGGCCAACAAGCUCAUCAAGGCCGACGACCGGCGCGUCCACGACGGCCUGCCGCAGGACGACGACCAGGCGUUUGUCAGCGCCAUGAUCGACAACCUCGGCGUCGGCGACAUGUUUAGCGGCGAGGUGGCCGAUGUCGAGGCCGACGACGACGAUGAUGAGGAGACGACCGACGAAGACGAAGACGACAGCGAGGAGGACGUCCUCGCCGCCGGCGUGGAAGGCGGCGACGCGGCGACUGGGGGGAGGAAGAAGACCAAGUCGGCGUACAGCGAGAGCGACACCGAGACCGAGGACGAGGGCGAGGGCGGGGUCGCCGCAGACGGCGCCGACGACGAGGCUGCGGCGCCCUCGACAGCCGCGGCGGGCUCGGCCAAGUGGAUGCCCUCCAUGAGCCGCCAGGCCACGCUGACCCCGGCGGGCAUGCGCGCCGCGACGCCGACGGGCGAAAAGACGCUCCCAGCACUGCCCGGAUCUGGCGCGCCGGGCGCAGCAGCCGGGCCCAAAGUGCGAAAGGGCAAGCUGGGCGCUCCCCAGGCGCCCGAGUUGAGAGUGAUACCCGAGAUGGUGCCCCUCUUUGUGGAAAUCGUGCGACCCCUUCUUCGGCCGGCACGGACGGCGAGUGCAUCGAGCCAUACGAGCGGAACCGACCCCUUCCGCGGCGGUGGUGCGCACACCUCGGCCGGCGCACCGCCAUCGAGGAUCCAGACGGAUCGGCUGGGCCAAGGUAUCCAGGACAUGGGCCUGGUCCAGAGUCCAUCGUCGAUGCACAACGAUGCGGCUAGAGGUCGGCAGCCGCCGCAGCCGCAGCAGCAGAACGGCGCCUCGGGCGUGCCUGGCGAAUACAGGUGGUAG